AUGAAAUUACAAUUAACAAUUUAUUAUUAGUUUAAAAAAGAUGUAGAAAAUUUUGAAAAUAUUAGUAAUAAAAAUUAUAUAAUUAUAAAAAUACAAUUAAAUAAUGUAUUUCGAAAUUUAUAAUGCAUAUUUCAAUAUAUUUAUUUUAGUGAUGAUUUAUGAAUUAUUAUCAUAUUUUAAGAAGUUUACCAAAAAUAUAAAUCAACAUUAAAUGUAAUGUAUUAAGUAUUGUCAUAUUCUAUAAAGUUUACCAAAAAUAUAUGUCAGUAAUAAAUGUGAUUGUCCAUGUCAUAUUAACUAUAAGUCACGUCAUCAAUCUUGUUAGUCAUGUCAUCAUUGUUUUUGUAAAAAUGAUUGUAGAGAAGACAUGUGGCAAAAUCACUUCGCAAAUAUAGUUUAGGAGAUAUUAUUCACUCACAAUCUUCUUUGAUCUCCGUCUGUAACAAAAAGCCUGUAUUCAAGUUGGUUUUUAGGGUUCUUAGACAUUGAAUUGUUGCAGGUAACUGAACUUACUAGCUAUUUCAACAAAAGACAACAGCUGCUGAACUCGGUUUCAGGAUCAAAGUGGGCAACCCUUGGUGAAGAUGUCGGCAUAUUGAAAUGAAUCACAACUUUUUUUCCUGAAAAAAUGAAUGUCUAGUUCAACCUGCUUCUGAAAUAGAUCAAAUGAUGGGAUGGACCAGAAGGGCACAAAAAAAUCUAGAAUAGACCUCUUCUAUCUUUAUAUUUUUAAUGAAUUAAAAAUAUAUCAAAACUAAGCAGAAUAUACCAUAAACCCUAAAACUUCAACAUUUUUACAUAUCCAACCAGUCUACCCAUCCAUUUACCAUUACCCCGAUCCGACCCGCGUUUUAAUAACCCUAAAUCUCCAAUUUCUUUGUCUUCGACAUAAGUUAUGUCACAUAACCAACGAAACUUACAGACUAAAAUCACAAUCACAAUCUUGAAUCUCAUCUAUUUUUCCAGUUUCGUGUCACUCAUUGAGAAACUAUGUUUCCAAUUAGUGCCAGAAAAAAAACAAGGAAGCACCCGACCCAAUCUCCUUCUUCUUCCCCUUUUCUUUCACUAUAAAACAAAAUAAAAAUUUCUUCAAGCAUCCACUAAUUUUCUCCUUUUUAUCUCAAAUUGAACAACCCAUAGUCAUAUUUAAUCAAUUAUAUCUUAUCCAGAAUCAAAUUUCAUCUUUUCCAUACGAGUUAAGAUAAUGAAGAACAAAGUAUUACUAGUACAGCUCAAACUAGUACAACUAGUACACAAAUAAAACUAGUACAACUCUAAUUAGUACAACAAGUACAGAUUGAGUAUCUCCUAUACAUUAUUUGAGAAGUGAUUUUCUUAUGUGUCAUCACCAUAUUCAUUCUCACCAAAAAAAGAUGAUAUGGCUUUGAGAAAUGAAAUGGCAUCACUUAAUUAUGAGAUAUAUAAUUUCCUUUAUUUAUUGUUUCCAACAUAUGAAGAUGCUAGAAAAGAGAAUGAUGUAGAACCAAUAAGACAUAUUGGUAUAAUCUCUCCUAAUUGCAUGUGUCAAAUAUAUGAAUAGUAUUUUUUAAUAAUAUUUGAUUUAGAAUUGAUACAUUUAUAAGUUGUACUAGUUAUACUAGUUGUACGAUUUUUGGAAAAAAAAAUUCAUCUUCAUCUUUUUGCUCUCGAGGCCAAAAAGCUAGUUGCGGAACCAGACAAAUCUUCAACCAUUGCUCUAAAAACGCGAGUCACCAGAAAAAAAAAAAGAAAAAGAUUGGGUUUCAUGUAUGAUUUUUGUGUUUUUUUUUUUGCAAAUAAUUGUUUUAAUAAUGAUGUAUUAUACAAUUUUUAUCAACAAUUAUAAAAUUUUAGUUUGUUUAUCAAUAUAAUAAUAGAUAUUAGAAAGAAACAAAAGUGCAACAAAUAAUACAAAUAAUCAGUAAAAAUAUUAAUUAAGAAUUAUUUACAAAAUAAAUCAUUUUAAUCAAAUAAUUUUUUUAAAUUACGUUUAAUUAGUAAAUGAUAUAAAUCAGCAGUUGUAAAUGAUAUAUAUUUUUGAAUAACUUCUUAAAAUUGAUACUAAUUUUACCACUUCUUUAUGUGUACGUGACUUUGGCACUGAAAUCAAACAAACUAGUUGUACCACAUAAAAUUUAAACUUACCUCAGUUGUACCACUUCUUUAUGUGUAUAUGACUUUGCCCCAAUAAAAUGAAAUCAUCAAUUUAGUCAAAAUACAUUUCAUGUAUGUUUUCAAAAAAUUAUGUGGACAACGAAGUUAACAAACCUUAAAAAUAUAAGGUAGAUCAUGCAAACUUAUGAAAUGGUGUAAAAACUGCAAAAAAAAAAAAUUAUUAAAAUAAUAAGGAAUCUAUCUAAAUAUUUACCAGUUUGGUCAUUUGAUUGUUUUUUUCAUAUGGAUACCCAAUGAAAUAUAUAAAUUUCAUGUAUGUUUUCCCAAAAUUAUGUGGAAAAACAAGUUAACAAACCUUAAAAGUAUAAGGUAAAUGAUGCAAACUUAUGUGAUGGUGUAAGAAUUGCAAAAAAGCCAAAAAAAUCAUAAAAAGUAAUAAGAAACAUAUCUAACACUAGGUGAUAGAUUUCUCAUCCCAGCAUCUAUUUUUUAUAUGGAUAUAAAAAUAAGAUAUGAAAUAAAGAAAUUGUAAAGACAUGUACAAUAAAAACAUGGUGAAACUUACAUAUUUCGACAUGAAGAGAUGACAUACCAAUGAUUUUAUAUAUGAGUUUCUAUAGACAUUACACAUACUUGAAAAAGAUUUUAAUGUUAUUAAUAGAAAUAUACCUCCAUCAAGAAAAUGAAAGCCUAAAAGACACAAAAUUAAAAGAAAAGUAGAUUAAUAUGAUCAGUAUAAAUAGUAAAACAAGUAUAACUACAAGAAAAAUAUGUAUGACUGGUUUAACCGAUACAACUAUGUUCUUUCAAUAACACGUUGUUGUACCAAAUUUUGGGUUUUACAAGUUUGUACAUAGUUGUAUUUUGGCAGAGAAAUUGAAAAACUUAGUUGUACCAUAUUAAAAAUAAAUAUACACCAGUUGUACCACUUCUAUAUAUUUACCUAUCUGAUAUCACAUAUAAUCGAAUCAUUAAUUUGGUUAAAUGCAUUCGGUGUAUGUUUUUCAAAAAUAUAGUGGACAAACAUGUAAACAAACUUUUAAAGUAUAAGGUGGAACAUGGAAACUUAUGAGAUAGGGUAAUAAUUGCCAAAAACCAUUAAAAAUAAAAAUAGUUAGGAGAGACCAUUAUAAAUACACACCAAUUAGGCCAUUUGAUUGUUUUUUCAUACGGAAAACCAAAUGAAUUUUUUAAUUUUUUUAUAAUGAAGAAAUUGAACUAGUUGUACCAGUAUUACAUAUCUGGUACAUAAUACAAAGUUGUACUAGUAUUAUAUGUUUAGUUACGCGUAGUUAUACCAGUUUUGGAGUUGUACCAGAUUACAUGUAGUUGUAGUUUAACUGUAAAAUUGAAAUAAUUAAGAAUGUACUAGUUGUAUCAUCAUCUAUAAUCCACUCCUACUCAAAUUUCAUGAUAUAGCUUAUUAUAACAUCAUAUUAAACUUGAUUUAUAUGUAGAUUUAUAUUUAAUAGGGUCUAUAGUUCACAAUUAAAAAGUUUGGGACGAAAUCACAACAAAAUCUGUUAAUUAGAAAGUUUAGGGUCAAAUGAAAGGAAGUGAGAAAGCUAAGGACCAAAGACAUAAAUACCAAUUUUCUAGUUGUAUUGACUGUACAUAGUUGUGAUAGUUUUUGAGUUGUACUAAAUUGUGCAUAGUUGUACUUUGGCACUGAAAUAAAAAAAUAUUAGUUGUACCACAUAAUAAAUACAUUUACCUUAGUUGUACCACUUAUUUAUGUUUACAUGAAUUUUCCUAGUUACAAUGAAAUCAUCAAUUUCAUAAAAAAAUACAUAUUGUGUAUGUUUUUCAAAAGUUAUGUGGACAAACAAGCUAACAAACCUUAAAAAUAUAAGAUAGAUCAUGUAAACUUAUGCAUAUGUUUAAUAAUUGUUAAGUUUUUUUUCAAAAUUUCAAAUUAAAUUAAGAAAAACUUUCUGAGUACAUACUUAUUGGGAUAUUUGAUUGUUUUCUAAUAUUAAAAAAAAAAACAAAUUGGUUUUGUCAAUUUCUGAAAUGUCAAAGUUGUAUCAGUUGUAACAAUAAUACUCGUCUAAUAUAUAAUAAAAAAAAUUAUAUCAAUUGUUUAUAGGGGUUGUAUUUAUAUUUUCACAUUAUAGCUUUGUAAAAAUAUUUUUGAUGUUUGUUUAUCAUAAUAAUAUGGCUAAUAUAGUUAAUAAACCUUAAAAAUAUAAAGUAUAUAAUGUAAAAUUAAGAGUGUAAUGUAUUAAUAUAAAAACAAAUUGAAAAAUCUCAAAUAAAAUAGAUGAAAUUUUGUCAUCAUAUACCAUUUAGAAUAUUAACUUUUUUAUUUUAUGUGUAAAUUAUAACAUUUAUAUAAUAGUUAUACAAUUUUUAACUUGUUUAGUUAUACGAGUUAUACUAGUUAUACUCAGUCGAAUGAGAGAAUGAGAUAAGAAAAAUUGUGUGGUUAUGAGUGGUUGAGAUUAAAUAAAGAGAAUGAGAUAGAAGAAGAGAGAAAUAGAGAUGUAUGAAAUCGUGUGGUCAAGAUUAAAACAUAGAUGAGAUGAUCCAAUGGCUUAUGUUCUUCAUUAAUGGCAAAAUUGUCAUUUUACUUUCAUUGGUCUAUGUAGAUUUUUUAGGUUGUUGUAGAUUUUGUGUUGACCAUUUAGUCUAUAACAGAUUUGGGUCCUUUUGAAAUGUUGAAGUGGAGUUCAAGUUGUAGAUUUCGUAGCCAACAAAGCUUUGCAACCGUAUUAGCGGAAAAAAAAUAGGAAGAGAUUGGAGAGGAGUGGAGGAAAAAAACUCAAGAGUGAUCUACCUCUGAUGACAUAAUAACUUUGGUAAUUCUUCGAUGAGGAUUCAUUCAUUGACGAGGUAUUUACAUAGCCUAAGAGGUUACAAUUGGUUACAACAUUCCUUGGGUAUUCUACGUGAUAAGUUGAACAAUAUUUUACAAGAAUAUAUAUCAGAAACGAUAGAGAUAGAAGAUUAUGGGAAGAGAAUAAGGUUAAAAAAAUGAACAAGAACUUAUUUUGUUCUUUACUUAAUCGAGAGUCGAUAUGAAUAUUUUUUCAGGAAUACUUAGAAUCAGGUCCAAGAGUGAAUGAAGCUGUUCAGAUUUCUGAUCACAAUGAGACAUACAUACGAGAGAAUCUACAACAACAUAGACUAAGAGAUGCUGAGAUGCAACAUAGGAGAAACCCUGAAACAGAUUCGAGAUUCUUGCAACAUAAGAAGAGAAUAUGAAGUGGUCGGUUAAAACUAGCAAGAACCUUUUUUGUACUAUUGUAAAAGUUAUAAAUAUCUGUCAAUCAACGCAUGAAAGGAAUGCUAAUAUUGGUAGGAGUAUCUCGUCUGGUUCAUUGAUUGUCAAGGCGUGCCUUUGAAACUUUCCACAUUAUUGUGCGAAUAUUUUGCAUAUUUGACCAUGGUUGGCUAGUAAUAGCUGUGACACAUCAUUUUAACUGCGAGCGAUCUUUCGCCAGAAUGAUUUCCGCAUGAUCCGAUAUGGACUAUUAGAGUAUUAAAGUGAUUAACAUGAGGGUUUAGUGUCUAAACCAGGUUUAAUGUGUAAACAGGUACAAUAUGGAGUAUAAAUACUAGUCUAUGGUGUACAAUACAUUUCAACUUGGAUAAUAAAAUACACUUUCAUCUGUAACAAACUUUCUUUUCAUCCUUCAAGUUCAAUCUCUAAUAUGGACCUCCUCCAUUAUAUUUCUUGAUUUUUUCCCUUUGAUGCAAGUCAUGAGUAGUUAGAUUUGCAAGGCUAGGCUGCUUUAUUCUAGGAUGCUCAAUGAAUUCUAUAAAGAUGACUCUUUUGUGUCACUUUAUGCUUUAUAUCACUGGUUUUGGUGUUUUCCCCUGCGUCAUUACGAAUCGAUCAAACUAUUUAGCCAUAUUAUGGACUAUUUUUAGGUAUGAAUUUAUCAUUUUGUCCUCGCUUUAUAUGGUCCUCUAAACCAAUUUACGACGAACUGUCAUUCACUUAAUAAAAACACCUUAUAUCAUUUGGAUUAACCAUAAAAAUUAUUUAUGUGAAUAUCAAUAAUUUGAUGCAGUCAAUUCUUAACAUGUGUAACUCAUUCAUGGUGAUUUAGCGAUUGAUUGAUAAACUUACCAUAAAUUUAAAGGAUGAGAAUUCCGAUCCUCUCAUUAUUAUGUUGACAUUAAAUGCUAAAUUUUAUGAAUUUCAAGUAUUUUUUACUAGGAAACAACAUAAAUGGGGAAAUGGGGUUAUAAAGCAUAAAAUGAUACAAUAUAUCAUUUUGAGAAAAUUUUGAGCUCUUGGAAGCAAUUCGAUGACGAUUCUACUAUUAGGGUAAGUUUGUUACUUGUUAUGAAAUCAAUCGUAUGUUUUAUUGCAAUUUCUGCAUUAAAAUCUAUUUUUCAAAAAGCUUUACUAAUAUUAUUUUAUUGAAUAAUAAAAAUUCUAUCAAUUUUGUGAAGAGAUCUGAUAGAAUAUGCCACCAUAUCUCAUAUAUUCUUGGAUCUAAAGCUAGAUUAGAGGAAUCGUUUAACAGAUCUUGUUGUAUUUAAACAUUACCUCUUAUACAUUGUUUACAAAGGGAAAUACAAUAGUUUUCAAGAUAAGAUUUUAUACAAACCCUUUUCGAAAAUAUUGAUUUUUAUAUACUAUGCUGAUUUUGGUAUAAAAGUGAAAACGGAAAAGUAAUUAAAUAUGCAUAUAUGGUGUCUAAUUAAUUACAAAUGCUUAGGGUGGAAUGGUCCGGAUAUUUGAAUUAUUUUAUAAUAUCCAGAUCCAGAUCAGUUGGAUCCAUGAAAUUACUUUUUGGAUCUCGAUUCGGGGGCAUUCAUAUAUCAAAAGUUAUGAUAUCUGGAUUACAAUUGAAUAUAUGUGGCUAAAAUUUGACUAUCUGGAUUCGUGAUCCGUAAAAUUAUUAUCCACCCCUCUCCCCCCCUUCAUAUUCGUUUUUUCAGAGCAGAUUUCCGGAACAGAUAUGCCCUACCCCUACAAAUACUGUUAUUUUCAAACAUGAAAGGUUAGGGUUUAGUUGUGGUUUUAAACAUUGUUCUGGAACUCAUAGUCCCCACACCCAACUAUGACAAUUUGAAGAAUUUAGAAAAGUUUAUAAAACCAGAGUAUAUAAACAAUCCAUGGGCUUAAAAAGACAGAAUAGCCCAAUUCGGAUUACACCAUGACGCACAGGUUGAAUCGUGACACGUGACAACAUACAAAUAGAAUCAAAACAGUCCCACAUCGGUUAUAGGUAGAAUAGGCGACAUGAAACAUCCUUUAUAAAUAUUGCUAUCUCCAUGCUUCAUUGUGCUAUUUGUCACUUCGAAGAAACGAUCGAGAAUUGCACAACGGUGGGCCUAAAAUCCAAUAAAUACAAUUUAAACAAAAACUAAAGCCAGUUAAAUACAAAUUUAAAAUUGAUUAGUCUGAAUUUGUCACUAUCGUGGCUGAGUUCCAUAUAGAACAAGACUUAAAUAUAAACCAUAAGAUAACAUCUGCUGUAAAAAGGAACCAUAAAAUAUCUAAAAUCACUUUUACAUACAAACUUUUUGUUUUGUAUUCUGGAUUAAGAAGAAAACUAAAAAGUGAAACCAUGCUUUGAUUUGAUUUCCACUGAAUAGAGAAGGAACUGAGGCGAGUUCUUACUCUCAACAUCAUGGCAGAAGCUCUUGCAAAUCUGCAAGCAGUUGAGAGAAGAAGCUAUACAACAGAGUUGAGAUCCAUUGAAGAAACCAAUGUAAACAAGAAACUCAAUAAGAACUUACUAUGUUGAUCCAAACUUGUCCUGAUGAUGUUCUUAACUGUGAUUUCUCAGAGACGAGUUCCUGAUUCAAUGGUAAAGAUUAUGAACAAGAACAUUACGGUGGGUCAUCAUGAUAAAACAGAGUCGAUACAAAUAUCUCAGAAGAAAGGAGACGAAAAUGAGACGCAGAGUUCUAUUGAGACCAGGCCAGAGAAGAGGGUAACUAAACUAAAUGUCAUCUUUAUAUAUUGGAGACUGUGUUCAGUUUUUACUUAUAUGGAUGUUCAAUCUCAGGCGAAAACUAUUCUGGAUUCAAGAGAAAGAUUCGAAGAUUUAGAGAAGAAUGUGGUAAAUAAAGUAAUUGACUUUCAUCCUUAUACUGUUUUUAUGAUCAUGGUCCUUGACUUGUUGGUAUUAUUUUUGUUUAAACAAAUAUUGUAGGACAUUCCAGAGAAUCUUAGCCUUGAGGCUCAAGACAAUAUGCAGCAACAAAGCAACGAUGAAACAAAGACUCAUGAUCAACAAAACAUGGAGCCGCAGAGAGGUGUUGAGAAGAAGGGGCGAGAUAUUCGUUUCAGACUUGAGCAGUUUUACAAUCGACAACGGACGAAGAAGCAGCAGUUCCAGGCACAACAACAAGAACAAGAGAUGAAACUCCAACAAGAACAAGAACAAGAACCUACUCAACAGCAACAGCAGCCGUUAGCUUCUCAUUUCCAUCUCUAUGCGCUGGUGGAGAAACUAGCAAAUGCGGUUGAAACUGGAACACGAGAUCAGAACUCUAAUGCCAUGGUGACUGAACUUAGUAGCUAUUUCAACAAGAGCCAACAGAUGCUGAACUCGGUUUCAGAAGCCCUGGGAUUUAAAACUAUGUAUGUUGAUUGGCAAAAGCGAAAACUAGAAGACACUGAGAAGUUGCUUCAACAGAGAAGGGAGUUGAUUGUGGAAUACAGAAAAUCAAUUGAAGAUAUUUUGAAGAUCUAGCCUUAGUAUUUCUCCCAAAAGAUGUUUUGGAUUACUCUCAUUCAGCAACUCAGCUACUAAAGACCAGUAAUUUGUAAUCAGUAUAUUUUUCUUUCAUCAUUAUAUUAAAUAGACCAAUGAGAACUGUCAGACGCAAGAAAUUAACGGAUAUAUGUGGUGGAAAGAUUUUUGCCAAGCUUUUUGUAAUUUCAGUCUUGUGGUCGAUGUUGUUAUAGUUCGGCUGUUUACAUUUACUUCUAAAAUUAAAAAAUUAAUUGGUUUGAACAAAAAAAAAUCUCUUAUAUAUUAAUUCAAGAUCAUUUAAAAAAUU